UUGAAUUCUCGAACGGCACACAUCGUUUCUCGACUCACCUGUGACAAUACACAGUGACAACUUAUUUUAUAAACGUACCUGUGUAAUAAAGUAAAUUUUUGUAGUGUGAUUAAGUUAUAUAAUUUACUGAAGAUAUGAGCAUCUUUAUCUUUAACGGGUUCCUCUUAUUGUGCUUCGUCGUGGCCACGGUACUAGAUGUUCUGGUGCUGGGUUCACCGGGAGCCGCGGAAAUAAUGUACUUGAAGCCGCCGCUGAAGAUGUGCCGCUAUAGCAAAGUUAACUUGAUACUGCAAGCGCAAUGUUCCAAACUGAAAUUACGCAAAAUCCCGUUAAAUUUGAACGUAGACAUACAGAUGCUCGAUCUUAUUGGGAAUUAUUUGAAAAAACUGACAAAGGACAGUCUGCGUCCUUACAAGAAACUGGCCUACCUUUAUCUAGGUGACAAUUCCAUUACUGAAAUUGACGAGGAAGCUUUCGCCAAUCAACCUUACCUGAAGCUGCUGGAUCUCAGGUUGAAUGAUUGCGACACUCUGUCCAAAAGUCUUUUCCAAUUGCCGUAUCUUCACACGCUCUACCUCGGCUACAACCAUCUUAACGAUUCCGUGUUCAAGGUGAAGGUCACCUCGCCCCUCAAACUGUUGCAGCUGACCAAGAACGAACUAACUACGAUCCCGAACAUAGGUGUCCAGCCGACCCUCCUUAAUCUUAACGUGUCCUACAACAAAAUCACCUCGAUCAGUACCGAGGAUCUGGCGCCGUUCUGCUCGCUGAAGGAGCUUGAUUUGACCGGGAAUAGCAUAAAUUUUAAAGCGGGCAGCUGCGAUUGUCAGAGAUUCAUUGCCUGGGUGAAGCUGCGGCAGAUCAAGAUAAAGCCUGACGAUCUUUACAAUUGCACCGAAACACCGGCAGCACUGAAUGAGUAUUGUGCCAACGUGAGAUUCAGCAAUCGGACGAACGAGCUGUUCGACGAGUGCUUGGCCAUUAUACAGCAUGAGGUGGAGACUGAGAAAGCUCGAUCAUUCUGGAUAUACGUCGUUUCGUGUAUCGCGGUGUUCCUCUUUGUGUUGUUCGUGGGGUUGUUUUGCAUGUACAAGCAGAAGAAGCAGCUGACGGCAAAUGAUGACAACAUCGAGAUGCGUCAACAGGAACCUGCCAAUAAUUAACGAAAUAUUUGCCGAUAUAACGUAGAAUCUUGUAAGAAGAGCUGUUUCUGCCGAUGACAAUACGAGAAUAGAAUUUUACGCGAGAAGAGCGGGAUGAAAGUGAAAAAGCUUAGUCAGAAAUGAUUGGUCAAUUGGACGUCGAUUUAACGUCCAACGUAUUUUAUUUAAUAUUUCCGGCUUCUGAAUGAUAAUUAAUAACGCUUUUGUUGAUCAUAACGUUAUUGUUCAAGAGACUAUAUAAUAUAUGUAUCUCACUCUUUCUCAGAAAUUUAUAAUAUACUUUUCAAUAAUGGCAAUCGUGCCAGGAGUAGCAUUCGAGUUAUAAUAAUAAUCUUACGUUAAAAAUCUUUAUUGAACAUUGCGCGACAGAAAAAAAAGAAUCCUUGAUUCAAGUAUAUUUUUAUUCUU